AUGUAUGAACUGAAUAUAUAUGCCAGAAACCGUGACGUGCUAACUACUGAAAAAGCGUCUUAUGCUAUUGGUGUAACAGGAGUUACUUACUUGGAAUAUUACGCCACUUAUAACAUCUCCAUCAUACCUGUGAUAAGGAGAGCGGAGAGCCUACCUAUGAAUGUUAGCGGAGACACACGAGAUGGAGACCCCUCUGCCAUCGAGUCAGUGUCGUACACCUCUACUGCCAGUUCCUUGCGCUUUGUGUGGGAGGAACCCUCUUGUGAAAGCCUACAUGGUGCUUUGUAUGGCUAUGAAUACGAUCUCUAUGAUCCUACUGGUGGGGAUAGAUAUGUCCGGUAUCCAACGACUAUCCGAAGAAACUAUGGACUAAUACCUGGCCUUGAUGCUUGCACAGAAUAUCGCUUCAGAAUAAGAGUAGUUACUACCCAGCUCAGAAGGAGUGCAUGGCAUAUGGAAAUGGCAAUGACUAAUAUAUCAGCUCCUGGAAUGCCAGUUAUUACAGAGCUUACCACAUAUCAGGAAGACAGUGGCACUACUGGUCUAACAGUAUCAUGGCAACCUCCUUCCUCACCUCCAUGCCAGCCUACGCAUUAUGAAAUCAAGUACUAUGUUCGUCAAGGCGAUAUGUGUGAGGAUGCCCCGAGUGAUCCUAGAAUGAAUGUAGCAGGAACUGUCAAUGGUUCAACUUUCACCUUCAAUGUCCUGGAGUUGCGUCCCAACUCUGAGUACAUGGUGUUCGUGAGAGGCGGAACCAGUAGCGGUUACGGUGAUUCGGAUUCCCGAGCAGCUACUACAGGAUAUUUAUGUUAG